CAGGUGUAUCGAGUCGCCAGAGAGAGAGAGAGAGUGGGCGACGGUUUAAAGAUUGGAAAAAAGGAAUUGGAGGUGAAGGAGGGAGGAGUUUUGUGUGAGGGAAAAAAAUGGGAGAUUCAUCACCAUCGUUCUUUAGGAAGCACUGGGAAGAGUAUAAAGAGUUCUGGAGUGAGAGAUUUUCGAUCCUCGAUAACUAUUCCAGAUUCGUCCAACGCCAAAAUCCUAUCUCCUCUUGGUCCGAUUCCGAUGUCGAGGAGUUCAUCGCCUCCGAUCCCCUCCAUGGCCCCACUCUGAAGACAGCCCGUGAAGCAGCAAAAUUUGGUGCUGCAGGAAGUGUUAUUGGAGCAGUUUCAACUGCAGCUGCUGCUUGGAAAUAUUCGAGGAGUCCGCAUGGUGCUGUACUGUCCCUUGGUGCAGGAGCUGUGUUUGGUUGGACGUUUGGACAUGAGAUUGCAAAUCACUGGCUGCAACUUUACAGGUUGGAUACCAUGGCUGCACAGGUUAAGUUCUUGGACUGGUGGGAGAAGAAAUGUGCAGAACGGGCGUAGCUUAGCUAAGCUGUCUGUUGAAUGCUGAAUGAAACCUUGUUUCUUCUGAGAAUAAGAUAAUCUUGCUCCUUCUGAAAUUUCAGCGUGCAUUGAGAUUUGUCUUUUUACUUUUAGGGUGUCUACAUUAUGGAUUUGUGGAAUUCUCUUGUUUUAUUGAAUGAAUUGAUGUGUAUGGUGAAAAAUGCAGUCUUAGUUUCCUUC